GGUUUCUUGGAAGCUAGUUCUUCAGUUUGCUGAAGAAUUUUCUGCUCCCAUUUUGUGGCUGACUUGAGCAGCUCCCAGCAGCUCCAGACCUUGUUCAGAUUCUUCAGACAGGUUGAGAAGUAUGGCAGUGACAACUCGUUUGACAUGGUUGCAAAAAAAGAUCCUGCAAAAUCAUUUUGGAGACAAAAAAUUUAGCCUUCUCUACAAGGCAAGUGUCCACGGAUUCUCAACACAAGAUUUACAUAACAGAUGCUGUAAUCAAGGACCUAUUAUAACAGUGAUUUAUAGUGAAAAUGUUGUUAGUGGAGUGUAUGUGGAAGAAAACUAUCAGGGAGGAACAACUGACUCCAUCAUUAUUUUUGUACUUCGAGAGACUGAAAUUUCAGAAUGUAAAGCAAACUCAUAUAACUUAUUUGUGAACUAUAAUGAUAAUGCACAAUACUGUAUAAAUCUACAGUCUGGAAAUGUACUUAUCCCCCCCCAAAUAGCUAAAAGACUUGAACUACCUCCAGGACAUCAAUACUCCUUCCAGGAGUGUGAAGUUUUUCGAUGUGAAGACACAGUGGAUGAAAGAAAGAUACAAGGGCUCAUUCAGCUCAGGGAUCAAUUAUUGUUGGCCAUGAGAGUUUAUAAACCAUCUGGAAACUUGGUCAACCAAGUGAAAAUUCUGCUUUUGGGUCCGAUUGGAGCUGGAAAGUCUAGUUUCUUCAACUCUGUGAAGUCUGUUUUCCAAGGCUAUGUAUCACAUCAGGCUUUGGUAGGUGAUGAUACAACUGGAACCUCUAAGAAUUACAGGGUCUAUUCCAUGAAAGAUAGGAUUAAUGGUGCCUCCCUGCCAUUUGUUCUGUGUGACUCCCUGGGGCUGGGUGAAGACGAAGAAGGCCUGUGUGUGGAAGACAUACUCUCUCUCAUAAAAGGCCAUGUUUCAGACAGAUACCAGUUUAAUUCCAUGAAGCCCAUCACAUCAAGUGAUGUUAAAUAUAUAAAGUACCCACAGCUGAAGGACAGAAUCCACUGUGCAGUAUUUGUGUUUGAUAUCAAUUCUAUUGAACACCUCUCUUAUGGGAUGGUAGCAAAGAUUAAAAGAAUUAGAAGAGAGAUGAUAAAGUGUGGCAUGCUACAUGUAGUUUUGCUCACUCAUGUGGAUAGUAUGAAGCUGAUUACAAGGGGUGACCUUAUUGACAUAUACAGCUGUGUUCCUGUGAAAUUAAAGACAUCUUGGUGGUUAGCAAUUAUAGCUCAGAGUGGGAACUGGAUGCUAUCAAGGAUAUUCUAAUCCUUUCUGCACUGAGAAAGAUGCUGUGGACUGCAGAUGACUUCUUAGAGGACUUUCCUCUUGAAUAGACAGGUAAAUGAAUUUGCUUGUGUCCAGCUCCUUGGCUAUUUCCUUCCUGGAUCUAUUGGAUACCUAGUAGUUCUGUGGCUUUGUGGGUUAUUGCUUAUAAUUAGCCCUGCCCUCUAACCUACUGCCUCGAUUCAUUUGUUUCCUCAUCUUUCCUGUUUUUUUUUUUUUUCCCCUCUCUAGACUUCACCCUGGAUGUUCUGCAGUACUUCUGUUUCCCCUAAUAUUAAGAUUGCAUUUUAGAAAUAAUACAUCCCUGUCAUCAUAACUGGACAAUUCAGGCCGUGUCCUGGGCCUCCUCUCUCAGAAUAUGCUUCUUUGCUUGUGGCCUAGAAUUGGAUUGUAUUAUCAUAGCAUAUCAGAGGUGGUCUUUGAUUUUUUGCCUCUUUCUUAGAGCUUUAUGCUUCCACUUUUUUUUUUUAUCUCUUUUGGACUCUUCUUCUUCAUGCACUGUGAUGAGUGUUAAGUAGAGGUAUGAUUUCGGCCUCUGAAUAUGACACUAUGUAUAUUCUUUCUUAUCAGCCUGCACACAGUAUAUGUUGUAUUGUUGCAAUCAAAGAUUAGAUAGAAUUUUCAAUUUAUCAUACUGUAAUAUCACUUUAGUUCUUGAGAAGUCAAAUUACUGCAUGCUAUCAUUUUAAAUUUUCUUACUCUCAGAUUACUAAGAAAGUCUUAUAUACUAAUGUUGCCGUCCUAACUCUGCCUCUUAGUUUCUCCAUCUCUUAUCUUCCUCAAAGUACACUAGCUCUUGAAAUCAGGCUUGGUUUAGAACUCCAGUGCCUGAGCAUUCUUCUCCUGGGUGCUUUUUCCCAGAUAAUUCACCAAGAAUAUUUUAUUUCUCUUUUCUCAGAAAUCAGUGAAAGGGAAUUUUCAAGUGUGUAAAAAAAAAAUAUGUGAACACUUCACAUAUUAUCAAUUUUGUCACACCUUGAAGAGUGAAAUUGAGGAAGAAUAAAAUGCAGAAAGAGAAGUAACUGAGGGCAAAGGGAUGUAUCGUAUCUAGGAUGAAGAUCACAUAUAAAGUUGUAGUACCUAUAAAUAACUUGGAACAGCAAUAUUUAAAGUCAUUAACUGUAAAAAUCAAUUAUAACUGUCUUUGAAUUUAUAUUAUGUAUCUCUGAAAAUAAAGUUUAUUCUUAUAAAACCUGGA